CUUUAAAAUGGCGACCUCCAGUAACUUUUUGUAAACAAUAACAAACCUAUCCGCUACAAUGCGUUUUACUCAAACUCCAUGUAUACUUUUACUUUACUGUUGGAUUUUAAAUAUCUGCAGCGUUACAGCUGUAUCGCAAACUGAUGGUGGCAUGCUGUAUCCCAGAGAAUCUGAGACCAGAGAGGUAAAAGACCUGAGUGGAAUUUGGAACUUUCGACCUGACACUUCUCAAAAUAGACAGCAAAGUUUCACGGAGCGAUGGUAUUCGGCCUCACUGUCUGAUACAGGCCCCGUGAUCCCCAUGCCAGUACCAUCAAGCUACAAUGACAUCACACAGGACAAAUCACUGCGGGACUUUAUCGGCUGGGUUUGGUAUGACCGAGAGUUCUACGUCCCAUCAUCGUGGCUUGGUCAGCGCGUCAUCCUGAGACUGGAGAGUGUCCGCUACUAUAGCAUCGUGUGGGUGAAUGGCGUACAAGUGGCGGAACAUGAAAUGGGACAUUUGCCCUUUGAAGGGAACAUUGGGCCUGUUGCUCAAUUUGGGGGACACAAUAGAGUAACAGUGGCUGUCAACAACACUCUGACACCAUACACACUCCCUCCAGGAAAAAUACAGCACAAGUCUGGGCCAGGAUAUCCAAAGGACUAUUUUGUACAAAUUUUGCAGUUUGGAUUCUUCAACUAUGCAGGCAUUGACCGUCCGGUAAAACUGUACACAACUCCAUCUACCUAUAUAGACGACAUUACAAUCCACACUGAUAUAUCUGGGAAUAACGGAAUACUGUCCUGGAGCAUUGUGCCUGGUGGGCUGUGUAACCCUAAUGUAAAACUGUGCAAAGUUGCUGUAGAAAUUCUGUCAAAAAAAGGAAUGACCGUUGCUUUGAGUGCUGACCUUCAGGGACAAGUCAAGGUCGAAAACGUUCAAGCUUGGUGGCCAUUCUCCAUGAAUGAAUCCUCACCUGCAUAUCUGUACACAAUGCAGGUGACCCUGAAGUCGGAGAACACCACCGAUGUCUAUCGUCUGCCGUUCGGCUUCAGAACUGUGUCACUUAGCAACAACGGAAUCCUCAUCAACAAAAGGUCGUUCUAUUGUCAUGGUGUCGGCAAACACGAAGACUAUGACGUGAGAGGUAAAGGUGUGGACAAUGCUAUGGUCGUCCGUGAUUUCAGUCUGUUACGGUGGCUGGGUGUCAACUGUUUCAGAACCUCCCACUACCCCUACGCUGAUGAGAUUAUGGACCAAGCUGACCAGUUAGGCAUUGUAGUCAUUGAUGAGUGUCCAGCCAUUGGUUUGACAGAACCAGUAAAUUACAACAACCAAACACUGUAUCUUCACAAAAAGUCCAUGAUGGAACUGGUGCGACGAGACAAGAAUCGCCCUUCAGUCAUCCUGUGGUCUAUUGGCAAUGAGCCUCUGUCAUCAUAUGCUGGUGCAGGGCCUCAUUUUGGGGAGGUCAUCAAAGUCACGAAGCAGUUGGAUCCUUAUCGACCUUUAACUUUUGCUUCCAAUAAUGUAAACCCUCACACCGACCAUGUGAUGAGUCAGGUAGAUGUGGUGUGUGUAAACAUCUACUUUGGUUGGUACAGCGAAAACGGCCACACGGAGGUCAUUGAAUACGGUGUGGAGGAUGUUAUCGGGGCUCUACACACUUACUACAACAAACCUGUGAUGGUGUCGGAGUACGGGGCAGAGUCACUCCCAGGCCUUCAUGUGAGUCCAUCGUUCUCCUACUCAGAAGAAUACCAAAAUGAUCUGCUGGCUGCUCAUCAUAAGGCAUUUGAUAAGAUCAAGGGGAAAACUCUGGCUGGAGAAAUGAUCUGGAACUUCGCAGAUUUCUUAAUUGAUCAAGAAGUUAGAUGACCUUAUGGCUGCCACAAAGGUCUGUUUACACGUCAGCGACAACCCAAAUUUGCAGCUCACCUUGUGAGACGAAGAUACUACAACCUCAUGAACAGAACUGUGGAUAGAGUUUAUUGAAAUGCAUGUCAGUUACCAUGACAACAAAAAAUCUCUUUUUCUAUUGCUUCAUUGGUCCUAGGUUUAUAUAUUUAACAGGUUUUCAGAAGCCAAUAUUUACUAAAUUUUGUUUAAAAUUACUUUUUGCUGAAAUGCAUUUAUAAAGUCACUUAUACUGUACAGUCAAACUUGUUUUAAGGGCCCACUGUUUGAAAGUCAAAAUGUGGUCUCUCAACACAGGUGGUUUAGAUCUCCUACUACAAGUUCAGUUCCCAAUGAAAUCACAAUAAUGAGGGAAGCGUAAAAUGGUUUCUAAACAUGGGUGGUCUUUUCAUAGAGAUAGUGUGUAUAUUGCUGUUUGUACAUACUAAACACAGAGUGGCACCCUCAGGAUUCUAAUGCUGGGACCAGAGAAUUAUUGUUUUCUUUAUACUACAGUCAGUAUUUUAAGUGUAUAUAUACAGAAAUUCUGUCUUUAUAUGUGUCGAGAUUAAUUGUUUUAACUCUUAAAGAGUAAUGUGUGAAAAACAUGUGGUGCUUUAUGAUAUACUGUACACCGGGAAAGUCUCGCUGCAGUUUAAUUUCGCCUUUUUCGCCUUCCACAAUGAGGGUAAAUUUAUCAGGACAGCGAAUAUUGGUAAACAAUUUACCCUAUAUAUAGUAGUUACGUGUGAAGGGUAAAUUACACGGGGUGAAUAAAGAUUUUACCAGUGAAGGGCAAAUAUUUGACUGGGCAAAAAUGUACCUGUGUGCUGUAGUCUUUCAUAGAGAGUGAAGUUUUAUAUGUUCAUUUGUAUAAAUGGAGUACCUGUGUGGGUCACAAAUGGGUUUUAUUUUUAUUGUGGUACAUGCUCAUGGUUAUUGCUGGUCCCCCAUCAGAUACACUGGAGGUGUCUUUAGGUUUGCAUUUUGUCCAAUAGUCAGCCAGUCCGUCACAUUAUCAGGAGUAUUUUUACAUUUUCAUGCACAAAUAUUUCAAUUAUAUAUGCAGCUAAAAUUGGGAAUUGUGUCUUGCUUUAUACAGAGUUAUCGCCCUUGUUUUACGGUGAAUAAGUUUGUACUUGGCAUAUCUCAUAUAGUUUAUUGAUUUCUACAUCUUGUAUGUUAGUACAAUGUACCUCUUGUGAGGAUUGAGUGUCGAGGACAGAUAUAGGGUUAUGUGUCUCAUUAUAAAUAGAGUUAUGGCCCUUUGUAUUAUUUUGAUACAAAAGUGUGUCCAGAGAUGGAUUGCUUGCGAUUGUUUUCUUUGUUGAUGUGUGUAUAUUGAAUUUUUUUUUAUUAUUGUUAUAUGAUGUUCGUUUCUGCUUCUCUGUGAUUAAACUAUGCUAUAGUACGUUAAACAAUAUAAAACCAAACCAAGCCUGUAACAUCAACUAAAGGAGAGAUAGGUAAAUUUCUUUGGCAAAUGAUAUUUAACCAAUCAGAAAGCAGAAGGAUCGAUAGUCGGGCAGUAAAACAAUGGCAGAUGGCAACAAACAGCUGUCCGAUAAUCAAAAGGAAUAAUCAUUAAAGUUUGGUAGCAUAGCGGAAUAUUCCUUCCAACAGAACUUAAUUGGAAAAAGUUUAAAAAUAUGCAAACAAAUCAUUGAGGACUCCGUAGAUAGCUUCAAGGAU